CGCCACUUAGAGAUAGUGCGAGUGACAUUACAGGCUUUUCAGUCGCUCCUGCCUUGAGUGAUGCGGGUAGCUUUAUGGAUGAUGAUGGUAAUGAUGUUGGUAAUUCGGUUGAGUGGAAUACGACCGUCUUUGUUGGUGGGUUGUCCUCCGCUGUGACGGAAGAGGAGCUCCUUUCGUGUUUUGGAGUCUUCGGGGAGAUUCACUAUGUGAGUUCUAUCCUGGAUGCCUGGCCCCAUCGCUUGGUCACAAACUGUAACAUGACCAAUAGGUCAAGGUUCCUCCAGGGAAGGCAUGCGGCUUUGUUCAGUAUGUACGCAAGGCGGAUGCUACUCAGGCGAUCCAGAACAUGCAAGGUGUUCAGCUCGGUGGAAGACCGAUUCGGUUGAG